AUGGAGAACCUAAUAAGGGGAAGGAAUCCCCCACAAUAUCAGAGAAGUCCUUGUAAAGAAGUUCGUGCAGCCCUUCGGAAGAGGCCUGAAGAGGAGUUGCAGUGCCUGGAGAUGACCACCAAGCGGAAAAUCAUCGGCCGUCUGGUGCCGUGCCGAUGUUUCCGAGGUGAAGAAGAAAUCAUCUCAGUUUUAGAUUACUCCCACUGCAGCCUUCAGCAGGUGCCAAAGGAGGUCUUUAACUUUGAACGGACAUUAGAGGAACUUUACCUAGAUGCCAAUCAAAUUGAAGAGCUACCAAAGCAAUUGUUCAACUGUCAAGCUCUAAGAAAACUAAGUAUUCCUGACAAUGACCUUUCAAAUCUGCCAACCACCAUUGCUAGUUUAGUUAACCUUAAAGAACUCGACAUCAGUAAAAAUGGUGUACAAGAAUUUCCAGAAAACAUAAAGUGCUGUAAGUGUUUAACAAUUAUUGAAGCCAGUGUCAAUCCAAUUUCUAAACUCCCUGAUGGCUUCACACAGCUUCUAAACCUGACCCAGCUCUACCUGAAUGAUGCCUUUCUUGAAUUUCUUCCAGCCAAUUUUGGAAGACUUGCCAAAUUGCGGAUAUUGGAGUUAAGAGAAAAUCACUUGAAAACUCUACCAAAGUCAAUGCACAAACUGGCCCAGUUGGAAAGACUUGACCUAGGCAAUAAUGAAUUCAGUGAGCUGCCUGAAGUUCUGGAUCAAAUACAAAAUUUAAGGGAGCUGUGGAUGGAUAAUAAUGCAUUGCAAGUGCUACCUGGGUCUAUAGGGAAGUUAAAGACGUUGGUAUACCUGGAUAUGUCAAAAAACAGAAUAGAAACGGUUGACAUGGACAUUUCUGGAUGUGAAGCCCUGGAGGACCUCUUAUUGUCAUCCAAUAUGUUGCAACAGUUGCCUGACUCUAUAGGUUUGUUGAAAAAACUAACUACUCUAAAAGUAGAUGACAAUCAACUUACAAUGCUACCCAAUACAAUCGGAAAUUUAUCUUUAUUAGAAGAAUUUGACUGUAGCUGUAAUGAACUGGAGUCACUACCUUCUACUAUUGGCUACCUUCACAGUCUUCGAACAUUAGCAGUCGAUGAGAAUUUCCUUCCAGAAUUACCCAGAGAAAUUGGAAGCUGUAAGAAUGUAACAGUUAUGUCUCUACGCUCCAAUAAACUGGAAUUUCUUCCUGAAGAGAUUGGACAGAUGCAGAAACUAAGAGUCUUAAAUUUGAGUGACAACAGAUUGAAGAAUUUACCAUUCUCAUUUACCAAACUUAAGGAGCUUGCAGCUUUGUGGCUUUCUGACAAUCAGUCCAAAGCCCUUAUCCCUUUACAAACUGAAGCCCAUCCAGAAACAAAGCAAAGAGUAUUGACUAACUACAUGUUUCCACAGCAACCUCGUGGUGAUGAAGAUUUCCAGUCAGACAGUGACAGCUUUAACCCUACACUGUGGGAAGAACAGAGACAACAACGCAUGACUGUUGCCUUUGAAUUUGAAGAAAAAAAGGAAGAUGAUGAAAAUGCUGGGAAAGUUAAGGAUCACUCCUGCCAAGCCCCCUGGGAAAGGGGCCAGCGUGGGAUUACUCUCCAACCUGCCAGACUGUCUGGCGAUUGCUGCACACCAUGGGCCAGGUGUGAUCAGCAGAUCCAAGAUAUGCCCGUCCCCCAGAAUGACCCACAGCUGGCAUGGGGUUGUAUAAGUGGCCUCCAGCAGGAAAGGAGCAUGUGUACUCCAUUGCCAGUUGCAGCACAAUCCACCACUCUUCCCUCUCUAAGUGGCAGACAGGUUGAAAUAAACCUAAAACGAUAUCCAACUCCUUACCCAGAGGAUUUAAAGAAUAUGGUAAAAUCUGUUCAAAAUCUGGUGGGUAAGCCAAGCCAUGGAGUGCGUGUUGAGAAUUCAAAUCCAACUGCUAACACGGAGCAAACUGUGAAAGAAAAAUACGAACACAAGUGGCCUGUAGCCCCAAAGGAGAUUACAGUGGAGGAUUCUUUUGUUCAUCCAGCUAAUGAAAUGAGGAUUGGGGAACUUCACCCUUCAUUAGCUGAGACCCCUCUGUACCCACCCAAACUUGUUCUGCUAGGGAAGGACAAAAAAGAAUCAACCGAUGAGUCUGAAGUUGACAAAACUCACUGUCUGAAUAACAGUGUUUCCUCAGGCACUUACUCAGACUACUCGCCUUCCCAGGCUUCCUCAGGAUCCUCUAACACCCGGGUUAAAGUGGGGUCCUUGCAGACAACAGCUAAAGAGGCAGUACAUAAUUCUUUGUGGGGUAACAGGAUUGCACAAUCUUUCCCACAGCCUCUUGAUGCAAAGCCAUUGCUCAGCCAGCGGGAGGCUGUCCCCCCAGGGAAUCUACCACAGCGUCCUGACCGGCUGCCAUUGAGUGACACUUUCACUGACAACUGGACUGAUGGCUCACAUUAUGAUAACACAGGGUUUGUUGCAGAGGAAACCACAGGCGAGAAUGCCAACAAUAAUCCUCUCCUGAGUUCAAAAUCUAGAAGCACAUCUUCUCAUGGACGCAGGCCUUUGAUUAGGCAGGAUAGGAUUGUUGGUGUUCCCCUGGAACUUGAGCAGUCUACACACAGACACACACCAGAAACAGAAGUGCCUCCUUCCAAUCCUUGGCAGAAUUGGACCAGAACCCCUAGUCCUUUUGAAGACAGGACUGCUUUCCCUUCCAAAUUAGAGACAACCCCUACCACCAGCCCAUUGCCUGAAAGGAAAGAACAUAUAAAAGAAUCUGCUGAAAUACCUAGUCCUUUUUCUCCAGGAGUACCGUGGGAGUAUCAUGAUUCUAAUCCCAACAGGAGUCUCAGUAAUGUCUUUUCUCAAAUCCACUGCCGCCCAGAAUCUUCUAAAGGUGUUAUUUCGAUUAGCAAAAGCACAGAGAGGCUUUCCCCACUCAUGAAAGACAUCAAGUCCAAUAAAUUCAAGAAGUCACAGAGUAUCGAUGAGAUUGACAUUGGUACAUACAAGGUUUAUAAUAUACCAUUAGAAAACUAUGCUUCUGGGAGUGAUCACUUAGGAAGUCACGAACGACCUGACAAAAUGUUAGGACCAGAGCAUGGUAUGUCCAGUAUGUCUCGAAGCCAGUCAGUUCCGAUGCUGGAUGAUGAGAUGCUCACUUAUGGAAGUAGUAAAGGGCCACAACAACAAAAAGCUUCCAUGACAAAAAAAGUCUAUCAAUUUGACCAAAGCUUCAAUCCCCAAGGAGCAGUGGAAGUUAAAGCUGAAAAGAGGAUACCGCCCCCGUUUCAACACAAUGCUGAGUACGUGCAACAGCCGGGAAAAAACAUCACCAAGGAUUUGGUUAGUCCUAGAGCUUACAGAGGAUACCCACCGAUGGAGCAAAUAUUUUCAUUUUCUCAGCCAUCUGUUAAUGAGGAUGCUGUGGUAAAUGCCCAGUUUGCAAGCCAAGGUGCCAGGGCAGGCUUCUUGAGAAGAGCUGACUCCCUGGCGAGUUCCACAGAAAUGGCCAUGUUUAGAAGGGUCAGUGAACCUCAUGAGCUGCCUCCGAAUGAUAGGUACGGCAGACCUCCAUAUAGGGGAGGUCUGGAUCGCCAAAGCAGCGUUUCAGUGACUGAGUCCCAGUUCCUGAAAAGGAAUGGCAGGUAUGAAGAUGAACACCCUUCAUAUCAAGAAGUGAAAGCUCAGGCGGGAAGUUUUCCAGUUAAAAACCUUACCCAAAGGAGGCCAUUGUCUGCAAGAAGCUACAGUACAGAGAGUUAUGGUGCCUCCCAAACCAGGCCAGUUUCAGCUAGGCCUACUAUGGCAGCUCUUUUGGAAAAAAUACCAUCUGACUAUAACUUGGGUAACUAUGGUGACAAGCCAUCAGAUAACAGUGAUAUAAAGACGAGGCCUACUCCUGUGAAGGGAGAGGAGAGCUGUGGUAAAAUGCCUGCAGACUGGAGACAACAGCUGCUUAGACAUAUAGAAGCUAGAAGGUUAGACAGGAGCGCUGCUUACAAACACAACACAGUUAACCUUGGCAUGCUGCCCUAUGGAGGUAUUUCAGCAAUGCAUGCAGGCAGAAGCAUGACUUUAAACUUGCAGACUAAGUCUAAAUUUGAUCUACAAGAACUACCUCUUCAGAAAACCCCGUCCCAGCAAAGCAACAUUUUAGACAAUGGACAAGAAGAUGUAUCUCCUAGUGGCCAGUGGAAUCCUUAUCCUCUUGGGAGGCGGGAUGUACCUCCGGACACCAUUACUAAAAAGGCAGGCAGCCACAUCCAGACCUUGAUGGGGUCCCAGAGCCUUCAACAUCGUAGCCGGGAGCAGCAGCCAUAUGAGGGAAACAUAAACAAAGUGACCAUCCAGCAGUUUCAGUCACCAUUGCCUAUUCAGAUCCCCUCUUCACAGGCCACCCGGGGACCUCAGCCUGGACGGUGCUUAAUUCAAACUAAAGGGCAAAGGAGUAUGGAUGGCUAUCCAGAGCAGUUUUGUGUGAGAAUAGAAAAGAAUCCUGGCCUUGGAUUUAGUAUCAGUGGUGGAAUUAGUGGACAAGGAAAUCCAUUUAAACCUUCUGACAAGGGUAUCUUUGUUACUAGGGUUCAGCCUGAUGGACCAGCAUCCAACCUGCUGCAGCCUGGUGAUAAGAUCCUUCAGGCAAAUGGACAUAGUUUUGUACAUAUGGAACAUGAAAAAGCUGUAUUACUACUGAAGAGUUUCCAGAACACAGUAGACCUAGUUAUUCAACGUGAGCUUACUGUCUAA